ACCUAAGUGGCUGACGCUGCACCUGGUCUUUCCGGGUCCCUGCACGCCUUGGCUCGGACUGAGCUCGCCGGGACUCCUGCGGGGCCGGGCCUGAGGGAGCGGGGAGCACCGUCCCGGCAGGAACAGGAAUGAAUAGGAGCAGCUGGCAGGGUAGGAGAAGACAGGGGAGAAGAAGCCGCCAGCAGAACCCUGGGCUCGGACAGCGUGAUUCUAGUGAGAGGUGCAACACCCCAGGGGCACCGCAGAGCCCACAGGAUUCUCGCGUCAGUGAUGGCGAGUCCCCCACCACCUCAUCCAGGGCAGCUGGGCAAUCCUCCGUGCCAGAACUACCAGGGUAUUACUUCGAUCCUGAAAAGAACCGCUACUUCCGCUUGCUCCCUGGUCAUAACAACUGCAACCCCCUCACAAAUGAAGGUAUCCGGCACAAGGAAAUGGAGAGGAAAAGAUUGCAGCUGCUGGAGGAAGAGAACAAGCAGAAGAAAGUAGCUAGAAUGGGAUUUAAUACAUCUUCCUUGCUGUGGAAAAACCAGCUGGGUUUUCUCAACAUCACCAGUUAUUGCCGUUUAGCCCACGAGCUACGAGUGAGCUGCAUGGAAAGGAAAAAGGUCCAGAUUCAGAGCUCGGACCCCUCGGCUUUGUCCAGCGACCGCUUUAACUUCAUCCUGGCAGAUACCAACAGUGACCGGCUCUUCACAGUGAAUGAUGUCAAAAUUGGAGGCUCCAAGUAUGGCAUCAUUGACCUGCAUGGUCUGAAGGCUCCCACGUUCAAGGUGCACAUGCAUGAAAACCUCUACUUUACCAACCGCAAGGUGAACUCUGUGUGCUGGGCCUCGCUGAAUCACCUGGACUCCCACGUUCUGUUGUGCCUCAUGGGCCUUGCAGAGACACCAGGCUGUGCCACUCUGCUCCCUGCAUCACUGUUUGUCAAUAGUCAGCCAGCAGGUGCAGACCGGCCCGGCAUGCUCAGCAGUUUCCGGAUCCCCGGGGCCUGGUCCUGUGCGUGGUCCCUGAACAUGCAGACAAAUAACUGCUUCAGUACCGGUUUGUCCCGGAGGGUCCUGUUGACCAAUGUGGUGACAGGACACCGGCAGUCGUACGGAAUCAGCACCGAUGUCUUGGCCCAGCAGUUUGCCGUCACGACUCCUUUGCUGUUUAAUGGCUGUCGAUCUGGGGAGAUCUUUGCCAUUGAUCUGCGCUCUCCAAGUCAGGGCAAGGGCUGGAAGGCCACCCGCCUGUCCCAUGACUCAGCGGUGACCUCUGUGCGGAUUCUGCAGGAGGAGCAGUACCUGAUGGCAUCAGACAUGGCCGGAAAGAUCAAGCUGUGGGACCUGCGGGCAACUAAGUGUGUGCGGCAGUAUGAAGGCCACGUGAAUGAGUACGCCUACCUUCCCCUGCAUGUGCACGAGGAGGAAGGCAUCCUGGUGGCAGUGGGUCAAGACUGCUACACAAGAAUCUGGAGCCUCCACGAUGCCCACCUGCUCAGAACCAUACCUUCCCCAUAUCCUGCCUCCAAGGCUGACAUUCCAAGUGUGGCCUUCUCCUCCCGGCUCGGGGGACUUCGGGGAGCCCCAGGGCUGCUCAUGGCCGUCCAGCAGAACCUUUACUGUUUCUCCUACAGCUGAUUCUGUCCUGGCAGCUAGAAGGGCAGGUGGAACUAAAAAGGAGUAAAGAGAAGUUUAUUUCCAUUUCUAACAAGGGCUUUGUUUGCUUAUUUUUCAAGGGAGGGUUUCACUGUAGCCCAGGCUGACCUGGAAUUCACUUUGUAGUCGCAGGGUGACCUCAAACUCAUGGCAGUCCUCCUACCUCUGUCUCCCAAGUGCUAGGAUUCAAGGUGUGCACCACCACACCUGGCAGGCACAUUUUAUGUAGUGUCAGUAUAUACAGAUGGCCGCUCUAGCUGCUGGGGCAGGUGGUAAAGUGGCUUGCAUGUGGUAAAGUGGCUUACAUGAAAUGCCUUCAGUAAAGUUGUUACAGUUAAAUUGUGGGCUCAGAGAGCGUGAAAGUCCUUUUCAUAAAAGGUACUUAUUUACUUGUUCUAUUCUUCAGAAGUUUCCCUCCUUUAUUAACAAAGCAUACUGUCCCAAGACUGGCAAAGACUAAAAUGACUCAAAGCUGCUUUUUCCUGGGAGCAGCUUAGUGGCCAACUUCAAGUCCUUGAGAAGGCCAGGUGGGUGGAGCGAGGAGGGGCAGAUCAUGGUCAUGGUCUCUGCAUCCGUACAGAGUAAAUAUCCAGGACUGGGUUUGGAGCCAUUAAACUUGGCUUUCUGAAAUGCAGGCUCUGUGGGCCUCAGGGAGUCUCCUUUUGUUUCCAUGCAUAAACACAGGGAAGAUGGGUCUUUUGAAGUGCUAGUGGUUUUAAACAGCCCUGAACCUACCUUUGUGGGGAUAUCUAACACAAUGUGAGGGACAGCAGCUUCUGUUCACUGCAGUGGUUUGAAUGUCAGCUCCAGAGGCCUGUGGCCAGAGAAAAAUUAGCUUUGACUUCUCGUAAUCUUGGAACUGCAGUUUGUGAAAUAUUUAUUCAAAGUGUUAACGGUCCUCUUGCGACCAACCAAUAAAAUAGAAGGAACUUAUGGUGUAA